CCCCCCGAGGGCCGGUGCCGAGCGCCCCUCCCCCAGCUGGGCGUGGCCCUGGCGCAGCUCCGCCCCCAGCAGCUCCAGUGCCAGCGGCACGAACUGCGGCCGUUCCAGACCCUGCCGUUCUCGUCCCUGGGCGCCGCCUCCGCGUCCCUCGGGGGGCAGCCCUGGGUGUUCGUGGCGCAGCCGGAGCUCGGCGCCUGCGCCCUGCUCGAGUGGGACCAGCUCGGGGGCAGGUUCAGGGCUCAGAGCGUGGUGAAUGGCUCGUCCCCGGUGUCCUGCCACCCCGUGGUGGUGGGUGACACGCUGUUCCUGGUGGUGGCCCAGCUGCGUGGGGGCUCCUGGGUGUGGCGCCGCUCGGGCUCCUCCUUCGUGCGCCACCAGGCGCUGGGCCAGGGCCGCCUGCGCCGUCCCCACGCCGUCACCUCGGCGCACCUGGGCGGGCACCUGUACCUGGGCGUGGCCGACAGCUCUAAGGGUGGCGCCUCCACCGUGUUCCGCUGGGCCUCCGGAGCCUUCUACCCGCAGCAGGCGCUGCGGCCGUGGCGGCGCGACACGCACCUGGAGUUCCUGGAGCUGGGCGGCCGCGCGGCGCUGGUGGCCUGCGGCGCCGCCAGGAGACCCCAGGUGUUCCUGUGGGGCGCCGGCGGCUUCGCGCCGCACACGGACAUCCCGCACGUGCCCGACGUCUACGCCGCCAAGCACUUCCGGGUGGAGGGGAAUGUGUUCCUGUGUCUCACCAGGUUCCUGGGGGACGCCAAGGUGAUGCGCUGGGAGGGCUCCAUGUUCCGCGAGGUGCAGGCGGUGCCGGCGCGCGGCUCCCUGGUGUUCCAGCCCCUGCUCCUGGCCGGGCGCCGCCUCGUCCUGCUGGGCAACGACUUCGCGCCGAGCCGCGUGCUGGCCGCGGGCGCGGGCGGGCGCCUGGAGCCGCGGCAGGAGCUGCCCGUGCCCUCGCCCCGCGCCUUCGUCCCCGUCACUGCCGCGCGGAGACACUUCCUGCUGGCCACCAGCUUCAAGGGCGCCACGCAGAUCUACGCACACGUCACCGAGGACAUUGGCACCUAGGGGACACCUGGGGACAUAUGGGGACAUCAUGGGGACAUCGUGGGGAGAGCCACGUCACUGAGGACAUUGGCACCUAGGGGACAUCAUGGGGACAUCUGGAGGGACGUGGGGAUGGUGGUCACCACGAUCUUGUGGAGCUGGGGACAUCAGGGGACAUCAUGGGGACAGCCAGAUCUACGCACACGUCACCGAGGACAUCGGCACCUAGGGGACACGUGGUGGCAUCUGGAGGGACGUGGGGAUGGUGGCCACCACGAUUUUGUGGAGAUGGGGACAGCUGGGAACACGUGGUGGUGGCAUCUGGAGGGACGUGGGGGUGGUGGCCACCAUGAUCUUGUAGAGAUGGGGACAUCAGGGGACAUCAUGGGGAUGUGUGGCAGCUGAGGAUGGUGGCCACCAUGAUGUUGUGGAGCUGGGGACAUCAGGGGACAUCAGGAGACACUUGGUGGUACAUCUGGAGGGACGUGGGGAUGGUGGCCACCACAGCAUCAUGGAGAUGGGGACAUUCUGGGGACGCUGUGGGGACACCGUGGGGAUGGUGCCACCACCGCGGCCUUGUGGAGCUGCAGGGACCUGGGGAUGUCCCCACGGCUCGGUGACCUGAGGGACGCGGGGACAUCGACCGGACACAGCCGGGACCUGGGGCCACCCUCACCCCGAUGUCCCCAAGGCCACCGCUGACCCAGUGUCCCCAAAGCCACCCUCACCCAGAUGUCCCCAAGGCCACCCUUGACCCAAUGUCCCCUUUUGGUGCCACCAUCUCCCACGUUCACCAGUGACCUGAUGUCCCCAGAGCCACCAACGACCGGAUGCCCUGAUGCCACCUCCUGGUGUCACCAUCACUCUGAUGUCCCCAAGGCCUUCUGUCCCUUCCUGGUGCCACCAUUGCUCCGAUGUCCCCAAGGCCACCAUGGCCCCGAUGUCCCCAGAGUCGCUGUCACCUCAAUGUCACCCUUGGCUUUGUGUCACUUUCUGGUGCCACCAUCACCCCAAUGUCCCCAAGGCCACCACCACUCAAUGUCCCCAAGGCUUUCUGUCCCCUCCUGGUGCCACCAUGGCCUCAAUGUCCCCUCCUGGUGCCACCCCCCCCCCCCGAUGUCCCCAAGGCCGCUGUCACCUCAGUGUCCCCUCCUGGUGCCACAGGUGAUCCGAUGUCCCCAAGGCCACCACUGACACAAGGUCCCCUCCUGGUGUCACCAAUGCCUUGAUGUCCUCCAGGGCCACCACCAAUCAAUGUCCCCAAGGCCUUGUGUCCCCUGCUGGUGCCACCAAGUCCCCAGUGUCCCCAGUGUCACCACGGCCCCGAUGUCCCCAAGGCCUUGUGUCCCCUCCUGGUGCCAUCAGUGACCAGGUGUCCCCAAGGCAACCCUCACCCCAGUGUCCCCUCCUGGUGCCACCAUCUCCCCGGUGUCCCAAAGGCCACCGUUGUCACUUGGGUGUCACCUCUGCUCUCGUGUCCUCUUCUGGUGCCACCAUGGCCCCAAUGUCCCCAAGGACUCGUGUCCCCUCCUGGUGCCACCAUUGUCCUGAUGUCCCCAAGGCCACCAUCGCCCCAAUGUCCCCUCCUGGUGCCACCAUCGCCCCAUUGUCCCCAAGGUCACCAUGGCUCUGAUGUCCCCAGUGCCACCAAUGCCCCACUGUCCCCAAGGCCACCAUCACCUCAAUGUCCCCAGAGUCGCUGUCACCUCAAUGUCCCCAAGGCUUUGUGUCACUUCCUGGUGCCACCAUGGCCCCGAUGUCCCCAAGGCCAUUGUCACCUCAGUGUCACCUCUGGUCUCGUGUCCUUCCUCUUCUGGUGCCACCAUCUCCCCAAUGUCCCCAAGGUCCCCAUCACCCUGGUGUCCCCAAGGCCUUGUGUCACCUCCUGGUGCCACCAUCACUCAAUGUCCCCAGAGUCGCUGUCACUCCGAUGUCA